AUGCGACUAGCCAUGGCCUCUGGCUCGAACAGACCAGCCAGCAUGCGGAUCCCGAUGGCAGGUGGCCGCGCCCUGCCGGGGAGCUCGAUGCGAGGACGCCAGAGGGCACUGAGCGCGAGUUGCGCCGAGAGCAGCCUGCCUCCCCUCUCAGCGUCGCACCUUGAGACCCACGAAUUUCACUACACGCUCGCCCCAGAGGAUCAAGAGGUCGACCUUCAUCUUGACGCUGAUAUUCUGCCUCCGCCUCCACCAAGACGUCUUCGAUCAACUGAACCUCAUCGAUCUCUUAUCCCGACUCCAGGUCGGUCAAACCGUUCUUUCCUCGAUCCAGAUCUUUUGGGAUUGUCGCCACACCCCGUCACAGGCUUUGGCUUUCGACUCAACGAACCCAGAGCUCGAAACGCCACUAUUUACCUCGCUGCUGAACCCGAUUCCCCUUUAGCAGCAACAAUGAACGCCCCCAGAGACGAGCACCUGGAGGCGCUGGCUAGCCUCAACCGGGCUGCCAGACUGGGCGCGCAGUCUGCGCAGUUGCAGCACUCGCGCUCGAUAAUUCUCGGGCCAGCAGAGGAGUUUUUCGACUCCGCCUCUGCCCAAGCCGGCCGCCUGUACGGCCAGGCUUUCUUAAACCAAGGUGAGGUGACCUACCUCCCAAGUCGUCGCCUCGAGGACUGGCUGGAGGGGAUUUCGCUUUCCGAGAGCCCAUUUGGGCCGCAGAGAGUCGCUCUGCCCGAAGUCAGCUCCUCCAAUGGAGGCCAAGCUGGAAGCUUGGCGACCGUGAUGGAGGAUGACGAGGUUAAGAUGGGGGAGUCGACCACGGAGAACCGGCAGACUGGGACUAAGCGACAGGGAGCUGAUCUUGAGGCUGGCCCCAGCAAGCGAGUCAAGAUCGCCGCGCCGUUCAGGCGCGCUCUUUCCCGCGUGAGCGGGGGAGCGGUGACUUCGUCGUCCGUGGACGACCACGGUUCGACCAUGGCCCGCGCUGGAACGGUCAUGUCACACCACGUUGGUGAGAGCGGGAGAAGUACCCCCUUCAGCAUGAUGUCCCGGGUCUUUGUGCCUGCUCCGGUCAUCACCACUCGCAACUUCAAGAUUUGCGUUUUGGGACACCCGGGGACUGGCAAGACCACCCGUCUUGUGAUGGGGAGAUAUAUUCCCGGCGCCCCCUCUACGUCGACAGAGAUCCGCACCAUCAGCACCAUGAGCACUGGCGAUGCUACCCGUCGGACCCUUGCCCAGGUCGAGUUGUGGGACUUUCCUGGCAUGAUUGCUGGCCGUCAUGACACCCAACUUCGGUCAACCUUCUUCAAUGCCGCCAUCAUCUGCUACGAUCUCGAGGAUUACCGGAACCUGGAUGGCCUCAGCACGGUUGAUCGUCGUCCUACGUUUCCCAACUUGGGUUUGAGGUUCCUUGUUCCCCCUGAGCCCGCCACUGAUAUCCAGGGUGAAACUGCCGCCGCCGCCAUCAACGCGGCUGGCUUCGCCGAGUGCUCUGCCUUGACCAGCGAGAACUGUCAGGAAACUUGGCAAUCCAUCGUCGACUAUUUGGUCGACAUUCAGGAGAAGCAUGAGAAGGCUAUUGAGGAGGCCCGUGCUGGAAAAGGAAAGGAGAAGAUGUUGGAGAAGGCCAAGAAGGUCUGGCGUGGAUUUAAGAAGGAGAUGGAUGUGAAGUUGAAGAAGUGA